AUGUCGGUGAGCGGGUCGUCCGCAAAGUUGUGCGCGGACAUCUUGCCGGGCGCGCUGAGGCCGAGCAACGCAUCUUUGCUCCGUGCCACUCCUCGGCGGACGAAGCGAGUGUACUCUCGGGAAUCCAGGCGCCAUGUGCACCAGCAUCCGAAUCACCUGCGGGCCUGUCGGGCGACGAUACCGCAAACCGGUCGCUUGAGCGCGCAACGGCUUCAGCCUAGCCCGUACGUGCGACGGUUCGCAACCGAGGCCGCGACCAACGCCGGCGAGGACACACCCGCGGACGCCGCAGCUGGGCUGCAAGGCGGUCCUUUGAAGGAAUACGAUCUACGGGUGCAGCAGGGUCGGUUGCGGGAUGACCCUCAUCAACGACAGAUCAUCGGGCAACUCCAAGACCUGUACGAACGUCUGAGACACUACAACCCUCCCCCGGUCGUUCAUCCGAGUGUCGAAUCGCUGGACCCGAAACCCAAGGCGUCGUUUCUCGGCUCCCUCUUCGGACGGGGUAAACAGGAGGAAUUGGCGAUUCCCAAAUCUCUCCCCAAGGGCCUGUACAUGUAUGGUGAUGUUGGGUGCGGGAAAACCAUGCUUAUGGACCUGUUUUAUGACACUCUGCCGCCCAAUAUCUCGUCUAAGACGCGAAUCCAUUUCCACAACUUCAUGCAGGAUGUCCACAAGCGGGUGCACGUGGUGAAGAUGCGGUUCGGCAACGACUUCGACGCGCUACCACUCGUGGCCGCCGACAUUGCGGAGAAGUCCAGCGUGUUGUGUUUCGAUGAAUUCCAGUGUACGGAUGUAGCCGACGCCAUGAUUCUGAGACGGCUGCUUGAGUCCCUCAUGGCCCACGGCGUUGCGCUCGUGACGACGUCCAACCGACAUCCCGAUGACCUGUACAAGAACGGAAUUCAGCGCGAGUCGUUCAUCCCCUGCAUCAACCUGCUCAAGACCGCCCUCGACGUGAUCAACCUGAACUCCCCCACCGACUACCGAAAGAUCCCCCGCCCUCCAUCCGGCGUCUACCACCACCCGCUAGACGAGGACGCGGGGCGUCACGCGCAGAAGUGGUUCGAAUUCUUGGGCGACCCCAUCAAUGACCCUCCGCACGCCGCGACCCAGGAGGUCUGGGGCCGUAAGAUCGAAGUGCCCAUGGCCAGUGGCCGAGCCGCGCAAUUUAGCUUCAACCAGCUGAUCGGCCGCGCCACCGGAGCCGCCGACUACCUCGAACUCGUGCGCAACUACGACGCUUUCAUCGUCACCGACGUGCCAGGCAUGAACCUAACCCAACGAGACCUCGCCCGACGAUUCAUCACCUUCAUCGACGCCGUCUACGAAAGCAGGGCCAAACUCGUCCUCACAUCCGCCGUUCCCCUCACGAACAUCUUCAUCUCUGAAACCGAAAUGAAAGACUCCCUCGACGAGUCCGACGGCAGCGACCUCUCCGAUGCCAUGCGCAUGAUGAUGGACGACCUCGGUCUCUCGAUGCAGGCGCUCAAAUCGACCUCUAUCUUCAGCGGCGACGAGGAGCGCUUCGCGUUCGCGCGUGCGCUUUCCCGUCUCUCCGAGAUGGGCAGCAAGGAGUGGAUCGAACGGGGUCUGGGGCUCGGGAUGUCGGCUGAAGAGGGGAAAGGGGAGCAUGAUGCUUAUAUGAAAGCAAGGAGUCAUUGGGGUGAGGAUAACAUGUGA